AAAUACAUUAACAGGAAAAUUUUGGCUGGGUGUGGAUAGGUAGGGAGGGACAAGAUCUCAUUUCUACGUUUCCUUCAGUUUAACUUGUUCACGGCGUAUUUAAAUGUCAUCUGUAUCGUAUCAAGGUCUUGAAAAAAUAAUAUGACGAUCUGUGUGGUGAAUUAUUGAGUUAAGCUUCUGAAACAUCACUGUGCUAACCUAGUAUAGACAAUUUAUCAAGUUUUUACUAGCAGCCAUGUACCAGUGUCGGCCCCUAGUAGUCGCCAGCCUGCGUCUCUACAGCACCAAGGCAGCACACAUCAAGCAGACCAGAGACAGAAUCAUCCGAGUGGACCAUGCUGGAGAGCUUGGGGCUGACCGGAUCUAUGCUGGACAGAUGGCAGUGCUAGGCAAGACAAGUGUUGGGCCAGUCAUCCAGCACAUGUGGGACCAAGAGAAGGAGCACAAGGCCAAGUUUGAGGAGCUGGUACCCAAAUACAGAGUGCGACCCACUGUUCUCCUCCCCAUCUGGAAUGUUGCUGGCUUUGCCCUCGGUGCAGGGACAGCAUUACUUGGGCGAGAGGCAGCCAUGGCGUGCACAGUGGCUGUAGAGUCUGUCAUCACCGACCAUUACAACUCCCAACUGCGAGAACUCAUCAAUCUUGGCGAGGAGGAGAACAAGGAACUAAUAGAAGUCAUCAAGAAAUUCCGUGAUGAUGAAAUGGACCAUCACGACACAGGCCUGGCUAAUGAUGCUGAACAGGCCCCAGCUUACACUGUCCUGAGCAAUGUGAUCAAGACAGGGUGCAAGGCAGCGGUGUGGCUGUCCGAGAGAAUCUAGUUGGCAGGGUUUUGUAGUCCGAGCAAUUGAUCUCCUUAGUGUGUAGUGUUUUGUACACACAGUUUACCUUACUGAUAAAUACCAUACUGUGAUCUGCUCUCUUCCCUUGACCGAUAGGGGAAUUUUGUGCUUCACCACCAUCUUGUAUCUCCAUCCAUUACACCCAUACUGUGAGUGUACAUAGCUUUUUGUGAUAACUUAUGGAUACUUGGAGAUAUGUGUAUUUUCAACAUUCAUGCUGUCACUCUCCCUAGAAUGACAAAACAUAAGAGAUCUGUUUGUAUUCUUACAUUAUGUUGUCACCUUGUUUAGAAUGACAAACAAACCAGAUCUGUCUCUAUCUAUACACCGUCAAGUCUUUCAAAAGUCUAAUUGACUCUUUCAGACUUGGAUACACAUCUUUUGAAGAACUGUAUAUGACAACACUGUUUCUUAAUUUAUAUACAGACAUCUUCUAUGCAUAUAACAAAUUAUACAACAUAUUCUGAAUCCUUAACUUGUAUAUCCAGUAUUAAAGGUUAGCCAUGUAAACCAUAGUGUUAAUAUUAAGUUUGGUCACAGCUUUUGUAAUUGCUUUGAAAUGAAGUAUUUUUUUUA